AUGUUAAAUAUCUUAAUUAUAACUUUUGUUAUUACAGAAUUUUGGAAAACUUCAUUUUGUUUAGAAAAAUUUCCUAUUAUUAGUGAUUGCGCAAAAUACAUCGAAGAUUAAAAUGCAAUAUUUUAUAAUGAUAAAAAUUCUAACACUUUUAAGAUCAGUAUUUUAGAUAUAAAUGGAUAGUUAUCUUCAACCUAUACUCUAAACAGUUUUUCAUAUGAUUGUUCUAAAUUAUCCUUUUUCUUUACUGCUGAACAAUAGAAUAUUAUAUACUUGACUCAAUAUGGAGCACCUGAUUAUUAUCUCAUCGAUUUUUCAUUAAUGCAACAAAAUUCUCCAAGCUUUUUAACUCAAAAAAAAUAUGCUACUUUUCCAUUUACUUCUAUCAAUUUAGGUUUUAUAGUUUUCAAGACAUAUGAUAUUUAUUACUUGGUCUUUGCAAAGGAAACAAGCAAACUAGUCUAUUCUUUCAUAUAUCUUAUUUGCGAGUCUUCAUUUGAUAAACUUUUUACUUCAAAAAAUAUCAUCUAAGCUAAAUAAUAAAUGGAUUUUAACUAUUUUUUUUAAAAACCAAUAUACUUUUAAAAAUUUGGCUGGCUCUUUAUAGUUAGUGAAAAAUACUCUAUUUACUAUUAAGAUGACUAGAGAUCAAUAUUAAAGUUAUCUGUAGAUACUCAUGAAUAAAAGUUCAUAAUGAAAAUAGAUUAAAUUACUGAUACAAAUAAAAAGAUUUUUGUGAUUGAAAUUAAGAGCAAAUCAAUAAUUGCUUUUUAUACUAAUAAGAUGAAUUUUUAUUCAGCAGAAGAUUUAGUGUAUAUAGAUACCUUUGGAGAUUCAAUAAGUAUAUGUUAUCUUCAUAUCAACUAUUUUUAGAAUAAUAUUUUCACUGACAAUAAUAACUAUGAGCUACAAUAUGAUUUAUAGAAAAAUAAAAUAUAAGUAAUACAUUCUACAGAUACUACUCCUUAUUAUUAACUCAACUGGUCUAGUGUUGGAUUUACAUAAUAUCUUUCUAAUUAUUAAACAAAAAAUAAUGAAAUUACUAACUUACAAAUAAUAUAUAAUAUAUUACCAGGAUGUCAAAAUAUUGAUAAGGCUACAGGCUACUGCUCAUAAUGCAGCCCAAAUUAUUUUUUAUAAAAUAAAUGGUGUGUAAUAUAAUGUAAUGAAGGCUACUACUAAUCUGGUAAUUAAUGUUUGCCUUGUGAUAAAACAUGCUUAACUUGUGAUGGACCUUCACCUAAAAACUGUUUGAAGUGCCCAUAAUUUUAUUAUUUAGUUAUAAAAUCAAAAGGAAGUAGUUGUAAACCUUGCCAUGAAUCUUGUAAAACUUGUAAUGGACCUUCAGUUCAUGAUUGUUUGACAUGUUCAACAUUUAAUUAUCUAUUUUAAGAAUCAUCCGUUAGUUAGUGCCUCCCAUGUGAUUAUUCAAAAUAAACUUGUUUUGGAUUAUCUAAUAAAGAUUUUUUGUAAUGUCCAUAAGGCAAUUAUAUAAUUCUUUAAGAAAAUCAAUAUUACUAAACUUGCCAUCCAGAUUGCCUAGAAUGUGAUGGACCCUCUAACUCUAAUUGUUUAAAAUGCAAAUCAUAAUAGUAUUUAGAUCAAUAAAAAUGUAUUAGUUGUCAUUAGACUUGCUAAUCUUGUAAUGGACCUUCAUCCAAAGAUUGUUUAACGUGCCCUUCAUAAAAGUAUUUAUUAUCAGAUAACUCGUGUAUUGAUUGCAAUUAAAUAGGAUAAACUUUUGUUGAAUAAAAAUGUAUUUCUUGUGAUAAAACUUGCUUAACUUGUAAUGGACCAUCAUCUAGUGACUGCUUAUCUUGCCCGCAAUAAAAAUAUUUGUAAAAAAGCAUAGAUUAUAACUAAUCUGGAUAGCCUAUUAGUGUAUAAAAAUGUGAAACUUGUUAUUAAACUUGCUAAUCUUGUAAUGGACCUUCAUCCAAAGAUUGUUUAACGUGCCCUUCAUAAAAGUUUUUAUUUUUAGAUAAUUCAUGCAUUGAAUGCAAUAAAAAAGGAUAAAAAAUUAUUAGUAACAAAUGUAAUUGUAUUGAAAAUUAUACAUUUGUGGAUGGAGAGUGCGUAUAAUCUCAUUAAAAUAAUUUAGAUUAUAAAUCGAAUGUUUUUUCUUAGCAAACCAUACAAUAGGUAAGGUAGAAAACCCAGACUGCAUCUUCAGUUUCAUUAGCUAGUACAAUAGUUUUAAGCUUUAUUUAAAACUUGUUCUCUUCUUCUAGCUUUGGCAUAUUCAUUAAUGGUUUUGCUUGCUUUAAACUAAGCUACCUAACAUUAGUCAAUAACACUCUUCCAUAAUAAAUAAAUUCAGCUUUAGAGGUUUUUACUGACUAGUGUCCCAACUAAACUUUUAAAAACAUAAAUUUUUUAUAUUCCUUUAUUACAGCUUCAAGUUAAGAUCAAUACCAAAAUAACUCAUACUAUAAAUUUGGUAUUUCAUUUAAUAUUUUAGAAACAUCUGGAUAAGGAUUGUCUUUGUUCUUAAUUUGCAGUUUCUUAUUCAUUCUAUUUUACUUAAUGCUAGAGAAAAUUUAAAAUAGGAAAGUUAAAUCAAUAUUGCUAAUACUGUAUAAUAAAAUAUUUUCUUGCUUUAUUAUUCAACAUCUCUAUCUUGUUAUUCCAAUUUUUGUGAUUGGGAUUAAUCAACAAAUGAAAUAAUUCAUUUUUAAAUACGAAGUCAAUAGUAUAGGACUCAAUAGUGUAGGAUUAUAGAUAGUUUUUUUGAUUAUUAUUAUUCUAAUAAUUAUUUUAUUAUAACAUUAACAAUACCUUUAUCUUAAUAGAACCACACCUGUUUAAAAAUAAUUAAACUUCUAAGAAAUAAAUAGAGUUAAAUUACAAAAUGAUGUUACUUUUGAAUCCAAAAUUAGAAGAAACUUCAUGAUAAUUUACUAAACACUUGAGUCAUUUUUAAUACCUAUUUGUUUUUUAUAAGUAGGCUAAAAUUGGAUGAUAUGCAAUAUAAUAACAAUAAUUAUUUAAUUGAGCUCGCUAAUUAUCAUAAUAUACUUAAAACCUUUCUAUUCAAAACUUACUAAUGGUUACUUUAUUUUAGAUUCAGCUUUAUGGCUAGGAUUAUAUAUUUAGUUUUUUAUUUUGAACAUUUAUAGUUCAAAACCAGACUUUAUUUCAUAUGCAGAAUAUUUAGAUUAAGUUAGCGUUAGUUUUUUAGUAACAAUUUAACUGAUUUUAUUUGGAUUAACUAUUUAUAUGCUAACUUCAAUCUUUUUAUAGAUAUAUUAUUUAAUUAAGAAGAGAAAAAAUUCUUUACAAAAAUAAGAAGAAAGCUUGAUAAAUAGUAAAAUAAUUAGUAUUCAAUUCUUUCCUUAGAAUUUAAUUUAUAGAAGAUUUACAAAUUCUUUAGUUAAAUUUAGAGUAUUUAACUUAAAAGAUUAAAAAAAUAUAGCAAAAUUGUAAAAAUUUUUUAUUUCAGAUUAAAAUUUUGAAUUAAAAUGA